AUGGGCCGCACAAGUGCUCAGAUAUACCCACAAAUUCCCAGGGGCGGAAAAACAAGUGGUGGCACCGGUCCGAUGGACGGCUUCAUCCAGACCCCAGUGGGUCCCGCACAGGCCUCACAUGGCCUCAAAAUGGCGCCCUCCUCCCCGACCUCCUCCGUGGCUUCAGACACGGGGGGCCCUACAUUGGCGGACAUAAGCGCGGAUCUCCAGAGACUCUCUGAGACUAUGGUCACAAAGCAAGAGCUCUCAACGACGCUGUACGACUCUAUCGCUACCUCAGUGUUGGUACUACGCUCGGAUGUCAUGGCCCAGGAAACUCGCAUUCACGCGCUGAAGCUUCCGCUGCUCAAACAAAGGCCACAGAUCCGGCACUCGCCCGGCAGGGCACCAUUCCCCUAG